GUUUAUUAGAUUGUUUGGUUUACAAGGGAAUUGGGUAUAAAUAAGAAUUUACAACAGAUGGCGUGUGAUGCCGUUUGACUCGCUCCAAACACAGAGGAUGCUUUAACAACAGGAAAAUAAACCAUGUCGAGCAGGAACACAAGGUCAUCUAAGGGACAGGAGUCGCCGGAAUCCUUCUACACCUAUGAUUUCUGUGACCCAACACAUCCCACGGAGGUUCUAGAAGCCCUCGGAGAAUACUACACAGAAGGCUUGUUCACUGACAUAGCUCUACAGUGCUCUACGGGGGAGCUCUUCCACUGCCAUAAAGUGGCUCUAUGCUCCCGUAGUUCCUACUUCAGAGCCAUGUUCACAGCCGAUAUGAGAGAGAGGUCCCACAGUGUCAUCAGACUAGCUGGGGUAGAUGUGGAGGUGCUGACGACUCUGGUGAACUAUGUGUACACCUCCAAGGCCUCCAUUACCCAGUGGAAUGUAGAGUCUCUGCUGGAGGCUGCAGACCUGCUGCAGUUUGGAGCCGUGAAAACGGCCUGUGAGAACUUCCUGGUUCGUCUCCUCGACGUCGACAACUGUCUGGGCAUGCUCCGUUUCGCCCAGCUCCAUGUGUGUCUGUCCCUGGAGAAGGAGGCACGCAGGGUGCUGCUCUGCCACUUCCACCAGGUGGUGAGAGAGGAGGAGUUCCAGGAGCUGGGGGUGGAGAAGGUGAGGAGCCUCCUGCAGGAGGAGAACCUGGCGGAGGUGUUGAAUGAGGCGGUGCUGGUGGAGGGGGUGGUGAGGUGGCUGGCCCACGAUACUCUUGCCCGCAGGGGACACUUCCAGGAGCUUCUUCACUCCGCCCACUUAGACCUGAAGGAAGAGUACCUCAGGACUGCCUUGGAGCUUCAUAGAGAGUGUCUGGAGACUGACACUGAAGAGAUCCACUCUCUAUUUGUCCAAGCUCUGAAGACUGCUUUUAAUAUCAAUAAAAGCCCUUCGGAACACUGCAGAAGGGGCAGGAGACUGACCUCCAGGAUGUUUGUGAUAGGAGGGUACCACUGGCACCCUCUGUCUGAGGUCCAGACCUGGGACCCGGUCACGGACCAGUGGCAGCAGGGGGAGGAUAUGCCAGACCACACCAGGGAGAGUUAUGGAGUUACCCUGCUGGGCUCCAACAUCUACAUUAGCGGCGGCUACAGGACAGACACUACAGAGGCUCUAGAUACAGUGUGGGUUUACAGCAGUGAUACUGAUAAAUGGACACAGGGGCAGCCCAUGCUGACAGCGAGGUACUACCACUGUUCUGUGGGUCUGCAUGGGUGUGUCUACGUCAUAGGAGGGUACAGAGGAGGGGCGCCCAUGGGGGAAACGGAAUUCUAUGACCCCCUGAAAAGGAAGUGGAUUCCCGUAGCUAAUAUGGUACAAGGCGUGGGGAACGCUACGGCCUGUGUUCUGAGAGACACAAUAUAUGUGGCAGGCGGUCACUAUGGUUACAAGGGAAGCUGCACCUAUGAUAAGAUUCAGACCUACAGGGCAGACGUCAAUGAAUGGAGCAUAACAACGACCUGUCCUCAUCCAGAGUACGGCCUGUGCCUGGUGUCACUGCACCCCAAGCUUUACCUGGUGGGUGGCCAGACCACCAUCACAGACUGUUACGAACCGGACAGAGAUGAGUGGAGCCAGCUGGCCAGGACCAAGGAGAGGAGGAUGGAGUGUGGCGCCGUGGCCAUGAACGGGUCCCUGUAUGUCACCGGGGGCUACUCCUACUCCAAGGGCACCUACCUGCAGAGCGUGGAGAGGUACGACCCCGAACAGGACACCUGGGAGAUCGUGGGGAAUUUACCUGGAGCGGCGCGGUCACAUGGAUGUGUCUGUGUUUACAGUGUUUAGAGAGAGAGAGCGAGAGAGAGAGUGA